AUGAGAUACUAUGAGCGAAAACGUGGGCAAAAUGAUUCUUUUGAACAAAUUCCAGAAGGCACACCAAAACGUAACAAAGUACAUCAAUUUGAUGACAAUCAGAGAAUUUCAAAUGAUCUGAAUGUGAAUCGGAGUCAAAAUCAAGACCCAAAUGAAGAUAUGGUUAACAAUUGUAAUAAUAACCCUACAGCAGCGCACUUUACUAUAAAACGUACAUACGUAAAUUCAAAAUUUACGAAAACGUCACGUCAACAACAAAAACGUGAGUCUUUUCCACCAUUUAGGAUUCGAUUUAAAGAUAAUCAAUAUUCAACAGAAUUAGCAAUCAUUAAAGCUAUAAAUCGGCAGUGUAAUAUAAAUUUGACAUAUGAUCGCUACUCACCGUAUAACAACAAAAAUAGUUAUUUACUCUAUGCAAAUUGGUUAAGCCAAUUCGAUUCGUUAAAAGAUCUAAGUAAAUGGCCACAAAAAACAUGUGACCUUGAAUAUGAAAUAGACAUGCCCAAUAAGACUCCAACGUGCUAUUCUAUCGUGGUAUUAAAUGUACCACCGAAAUGGGAUGCCUAUCAGCUUGAAAACGAUUUCAAAAUGCAAUAUUCAACUGUAGUUAAAGUUGAGCGGUUAUUCAUUAAUGGUAGAAAACUAAUAUCAAAGGUACGUGUCGAUUGUUCGGACAGUCGGGAGGUAACUGGAAUUCUAAAACAAAAGAAAAUCUUAUUAGACGAAAAUAACACAGCUUAUCCAGUUGAACCGUAUAUCCCACCAAUGAGAGUUUUACUAAUACCAGUACUCACGAGGGAACUUUCUUAA